AUGCAGCAGCCGCAACCCAGCUGCAAGUUCGAGGAGGAAGCGAAGAUGACGGGCGAUCCGCUCCUCGUCCUGGACGCCCUCGUUCAGGUGUUCCCGCAGGUUAACUUGUCAACCCUCAUAGAAGUUUCAAUUUCAUUCAAAGGCGACCUUGAAGCCGCCGCGGGAUAUGUCGUCCACAACGUGCUACCAAAUAUUGGCCCGGAUGACAUUAACGCAGAUAUGAAUGAAGAAAUUCUUGAAGUAUCUGCUGACACAAACAGCCAUCUGUUGGCUGCAUCCGUUGUUAACGGCACCCUUUCAGAACCCAGUCAGUUCGAUGUCGCAGCCAAAGAGGAUUCAGCUGGAACUCAGGAUAGUCCCAUGGGAGAGCAUUUGACGCAAUCGCCUUCUGCAGGAUUAGCAUCUGAUCUGGCCGUUCUACCGCAAGAAAGCAAUUCCCCUGUGAUUGCUGGCACGCAGAACUCUGUUACUGAGCAUGAAAACCAGCAAGAAGUAAUGCAUUCUUCUAACCACCAUACGUGUGGUCAUGGUGAUGAACAAGUACAAUGCUCAUCUUCCGAGACAAACCAGGGCAUGCCAGUUUCUGAAGAUAACUUGGCGCUACAUGAUGAUGGUUCACAUGAUAGGAACAUGGGAUCAAACUAUUCUAUUUGCCCCGAAUCCAUUGACCAUAUUAUCUCUGCUGAAAAUUACAAUAAGAAUGCAUUGCUGUCAAAUGUGGCAGCGAUAAGUGAAAUGCUAGAGGAGGUUGAGCUUAGUGAAGCAGAAACAAAAAAUGUUGUAACUGAAGCAAGCCAAGCUGGAAAUGAUAUUCUCGUAGAGGCGGCGAAGCUGAAAGAAAUGUCCACCUCUGUAGUGGAAGAGAACAACAAGGUUGCAGCAGAGGUUUUUGCUGAGAAAUCUGUUCUAGCAGCAGAAGCGCAGGGGCUGCAGUCUAGGUUGUCCGUCAUUUCUGACGAACGAAACCACUUCGUGACGAUCAUCGAUGAGAUGCAUGAAACUCUUCAAAGAAGACGUGAAUUAGCACAAGCAGACAGAGCAGCCGCUGAGAGGGAAAUGGUUGAAAGGGAGACAACAGCUAAAGAAAUGCUGAAAGAGCAGGAAGUCCUACUAGAAGCUGCCAAGGAAGAGUCUAAAAGGCUGGAGCAACAAGCACAGGAGAAUGCAAAGCUGAGGGAGCUACUGACGGACAGAGGCCAUGUUGUUGAUGCAUUGCAUGGUGAAAUGCUAGGGAUCUUCGACAACAUUGCACAGCUCCAGUACAGAGUUGAUAUGGGGCAACUAGCUUCGUCGACCAUGUCCAGCUCAGUCGAGUCAGCAGCUAACAAAUUUUCGCCUGAAGAACCGCUGCAUUUCUCUGCACCGAGUUUGCCCAGCCCAGUCAAUUCAGCACCUUCGAGACUAAUUUAUGCUGAUGAACCGCCGGAACUUGCUCCAUCGAGCUUAGCAGGCUCAGUUCCAUCGGCGCCCUGCAAACUAGUUUCUGUUGGUGAACCACUGCAACUAGCUUCACCGAACUUGUCCAGCUCCGUCAAAUCGGCAACUUCUGAGAGCAGCUGGUCUUCUGCUACAGAGUCAACUUCAAGUUAUAAUGGUGACGAGGAGAUCGCUGUUGCUUCUCCCCAUGACAAGUUUGCUCUGGAUGACAGCUGGGAUGUGGUUGAAGAAGAGGAACAAUGCAUCUGCUAAACUUCUCAACAUGAUUCUUAUGUUGUCCUAAUCAUUGAUUCAUUGGUUUCAGCAAGAGGAAUCAGAAGUUGUCUUUAGGG